AGAAACUACACGGUUUCCCCGGCCGCUCUCCUCAUGAGUGACACAGGCAAUGACGAGCGGCCUGCAGCGAAGCGGCAGAGGCCGGAGAUGCCAGCAGACUUGCCACUGAGUACGAGUGGGAUUCCCGAGGUGCAAGCACUCAUCCGCGAGAACAAUUCGCAAAGCCGACCCAAACGCCGUCUCACACAGCGAGACUUCUUAAACCGCGCCUUCGAUACGUUGGCGAUGGCGGCAAGGACGGAUCCUUCUCAGCGCGACGUCGUUUUGGCGUUUCUAGCGGAAAUGGCCGCCAAGCACCAUGAGCUGCCACGCAACACGACCGUGUCCAAGGUGCUCUACGCGUGGUGUUCCUCGCCCGACCUCAUCAACGCCGGCGUACACAUCGUGACAAUGCUGUUGGACUACAAGGCCGACCUCCGAGAGGCGUUUCAACUUUCGUUUGACGAGCGAGUGGCCGCGGUGGCGCUGCGUCUUGCUGUGCAGACAAACGAAGUCAACGUUACGCUGAUUCGCCGCGUCAUCGACGCGCUGCCGCCCGACGACUUCAAACGACGCGUCUUCCAGCCCCUCUUUGCUCACUGCCGAGCCACCACCGACGUGCCGCUGUGCUUCGAGUUUUUCAACAUGGCUCGUGCGAAGGGCCUUGAGUUGUGGGAUACGGACUAUCACGAUGUGUUGUGCACGAUCGAUGCUGCUGCUACGGCGGCGGUGGCGGAAACUGAACCCACAAGCGGAGGCGAGACCACAUUGCAAACAACGGAGGUCGUGCCGUACGUGAGUCGUGUGCUGGAGGAGAUGGCGCAGCAGCACCCUGUCGUUGGCGCAGCAAACGCGAAGCUCAUUCAGAAGUUGAUGGGGGGUGCGGUCGCCAGCGUGAGCACCGAGGGCGUCUGCUCGCGCUGUGGAGCGCAGCUGCAGAGCUUCGACUUGUCCCCGGAGGAUCGAACGGUGCUCGUGCACGACGUAGUGGAGAAGCUGGUGAAGCCGCGCGUUGAGGGCUCCAGCCGCUACGAACCGGACACGCACCUCUCGGAGGAGACGAAGCAGCAGCGCUGGAAGGAGUUUGACGCCUUCAAGGUGGCGGUGGCGGGGAUGGACUACGACACGGUCAUUGAUGGCGCUAAUGUCGGCUACUACGGUUUGAAUAGCUGGUACGCGGAGGCGAAGGAGGCACUGCUGCGGUCGCGUGGGGUAGACCUCGCAUCUGUGCCCUCCGCAGAGCGUUUCAACGUGCCGUUCCCUGUCGACGUGGAACCAAAGUUCUCGCUCAUUGAGGACAUGCGCGUCGCGGCCGAGAAGCAUGGCAAGCGGGCCAUCAUCGUGCUGCACAGUCGGCACCUGACGAAUCCCACACCCGAAAACGCGACCUUCGCGGAUCGGUGGGGGUCGAUGGGGGCGCUGCUGCCGAGCCCCGGCUUUUUGAACGAUGACUACUGCUGGCUGUACGCGGUGCUGACCCGGCAAGACUCGUCCAUCAUCUCCAACGACCAAAUGCGGGACCACCACUUUUGCAUGCUGCAACCGCGCUUCUUUGUGCGCUGGCGUCAGCGGCACCGCAUCACGUACAAGGCGAUGUACAACCGCGUCUCCCGCACGGCGACGCUGCGCAUCCAUCUGCCCUGUGUAUACUCGGUUUGGGUGCAGCAGGUGUGCAGUGCGGGAGGGGCGCCGCGUCACUGGCACGUGCCGUAUCUGAGUGGGAUAGACGUUCUGCAUCAGGCCACCAAUCAAACCACGUCGACCAACGCCGAUGUGGAACUGGGGAAGGACGGGGACGAUGCGUGUUCAGACUGGAUCUGCACCCGUCCUUGA